AAAGCAGCGAACUAUCUUGACAGCUAGUUGCAAGGUUUCCACUGCUGUCUGCCAGGAGUGUACUGUACUGGGGAUGCCAAGAUGGCUGCAAGCAACUAUUUCGGCUUCACACAUGGUGCCGGUCCGCAGUACAGUACCCAGCCUCCCCCAGCCUACUCCCAUCCCUCCACAGCCAGUUACAGCGUCCAACAGGCUCCGGCUGUGGCUCAUGCUGUAACUGCAUCCUACUCUCCAGCUCCUGUCCAGGCAGCCCGGCCCGUGGUCUCUGCCCCUUACCCUGCCUACCAGAGCCACCAAGCACCCCCUGACUAUGCUUACAGGCAGCCAGAUCCCCCAGCACCCCCACAGCCUACCACUACCCCGCAGACGUACCAGGUAUACUCGGACACGGACAACUACAGCUACGGGCGCCCUGCAGCUGUGACUACCUAUGACAAUAAGCAGUACUACCAGACGAGUAUAGCAUCAGCUCAGAGGACCCCCACAGAGAACUACUACCAGACAGUUGGAGUAAAGAGUGCGUACAGUCCGGCCCCCUCCACCGUGUACAGCCAGCCUCCUCCCCCUCAGCGGCAGGUAACUGCCCUGAAACCUCUUGUUCCAUCCAGCUCUGUAUCUAGCAGCUACAACAUCUACCCAGUGUCUACCAGUGUCCAGCAGCCACCAACACCGAUUUCAUCAUACACCCUCGGCUCGUCCUUCGGCUCUACUGUUGCUGCUACAACAUACUCAGGCAUUAGCUACUCCACUUAUGAUUCAACCGGCUACACCUCCACAUCCACCCCCUCCUAUUACCAGCCGACCCAGCAGAGUCUCACUCAGUCGCAGCCUCCGCCUCAACAGCCACAGCAGCCACAACAACCUCAACCCCAGCCACCCAUCCAGCCCCCACCCAAGCAGCUCACUAGCUCUUCCUGGAGCAAUUCAGGCAGCAACAUGGUGACAGCUCCGGCCAUGAACACGUACAAAAAGCCAACGUUUCACCAGAACAAGCUGCAGAAGCCUAAAGGACCCCCAAAGCAGCCCCAGCUCCAUUACUGUGACAUUUGUAAGAUUAGCUGUGCAGGCCCUCAGACGUACCGGGAGCACCUUGAGGGCCAGAAACACAAGAAAAAGGAGGCAGCCCUAAAAUCUGGGGGCCAGUCUGGUGCCAGCAAUGGACCCAGAGGGGUUCAGACUCAGUUGUGCUGUGAGUUAUGUGACGUCUCCUGCACUGGAGUGGACGCCUAUGCUGCACACAUCCGUGGGGCCAAACACCAGAAGGUGGUGAAACUUCACACCAAGCUGGGGAAACCUAUACCUUCCACUGAGCCAGUGCUGGUGAAUUCUCCUCCAGUUGUCACAACUUCGACAGCUGGGAAACCUCCAGUCUCUACGUCCACUCCUGCCUCCGCAUCGACCACUACCACACCCACUGUGACCCUCAAACAGGCCACUUUGAAUACAACAGUCAAAACAGCGGCACCAGCCAAGAAACCAACUCCCUCCAAAAUAACUGUUAUUUCCAACAAGCCUGCCAGCACUCCAGCAGCUGCAGCUCCAGCAGCCGUCGUGGUGGCUGCUAAGGUGGAGGAGCCAAUGCAACAGUCGUCCCAGAAGAUGGAGCCUCAGAGUGAAGAUGAGGAUGGUGACAGAGCUGGAGGCCAGAGGGACAUCCAGCCUGUGGGACAUGACUAUGUAGAGGAGGUUCGUAAUGAUGACGGCAAAGUGAUCCGAUUCCACUGUAAACUGUGUGAGUGCAGCUUCAACGACCCCAAUGCUAAAGACAUGCAUCUGAAAGGGAGAAGACACAGACUGCAGUACAAAAAGAAAGUAAACCCAGAGCUCCCUGUUGAAAUAAAGCCCAGUAACAGGGCCAGGAAGCUGCAGGAAAGCAAGCUGAAGAAACAGAAGCAGAAGGCACAACUGAAGAGACAAAGAGACGAUGAGCAGCGCUGGCACAUGGAGAUGAGGCGUUAUGAGGAGGAUAUGUACUGGAGGAGGAUUGAGGAGGAGCAGAUGUACUGGGGGGACCAGAGACGCAGACUGGCUCCUCCACCUCUGAUGAGUCGGCCUGGUAUGCCGGUGCCCCCUCUACUGACAUGUGUGCGUCGACCAGACUCUCCCGAUGACCGUCACAUCAUGGCUAAACACUCGACCAUUUACCCUGUAGAGGAAGAGCUGCAGGCUGUUCAGAGGAUCGUCUCCCACUCUGAGAGGGCCCUCAAACUGGUAUCAGACUCCUUGCUGGAUAAGGAGACUCCAGUUGUUACCACAGCUGCUACUGAAGGAGGAGAGGAGAAAGGCUCAGAGAACUCGGGACGGCUGCUUAAAGGCGUCAUGCGGGUGGGGAUCCUCGCCAAAGGCCUACUGCUCCGUGGGGACAGAAAUGUUGAGCUCAUCCUGCUUACUGCAAAGAAACCCACGAUCUCUUUACUGAAAAACAUUGCAAAACAGCUGCCUAAGGAGCUGGAGACUUUUUCUGAAGAUCAGUAUGAGGUGCAGGCUCACCCCGAGGAGGCGAACAUCGUGAUAUUUUCAAGCAAGGAGCCCAAAAUGCAGGUGACCAUUUCUCUCACCUCGCCGCUGAUGAGGGAGGACACUGCUGCUGAGAAGGACAAGCAGGCAGGAGGAAAAGCGGCUGAGAAAGAUGUGGCUGAGAAGGAUCCUCCCGAUCUUCUGAAUAAGAAAAAAUGUCUGGAGUACCUGGCAGCUCUACGUCACGCCAAGUGGUUUCAGGCUCGUGCCAACGGGCUGCAGUCAUGUGUGAUCAUCAUUCGGGUGCUGAGAGAUUUAUGUCAGCGGGUUCCUACCUGGGGGAAGCUGCCUGGCUGGGCGAUGGAGCUGCUGGUGGAGAAGGUGAUCAGCAGUGCCACAGGUCCACUCAGCCCAGGCGAAGCCAUGCGCAGAGUCCUAGAGUGCAUCUCCACAGGAAUCCUGUUACAAGAUGGACCAGGGUUAAUGGACCCCUGUGAGAAAGAGCCUACAGAUGCUUUAGAAAGCAUGAUGCUUCAAGCCAGAGAGGACAUUACCGCCAGUGCACAGCAUGCUCUGCGGCUGCUAGCUUUCCGUCAGAUCCACAAAGUUCUGGGCAUGGAGUCUCUGCCGGCCUCCAAGGCCAGUGCUCGAAAUCGCAAGCGUCGACGGGAUGGCAGCGACACUGGCGAGGGGGAGGGAGAGGGCAAAAAAGACAAGAAGGAAGAAACAGAGAGUGGUUGACCUCUGCCUCCAGAGCGGAGGCGUUUACUAGUUUAGAGACUGGUAGAAUGUCACAUGUUAAAAUUUUCUUAUCUUGAAAACAAUCUUAACACGCAGCUAUAUACAUAUGAAUAUAACUGACCGUACAUGCUACAUGUCUGCUGUUGAAAUGAGAGGAAUAAUGUGUUGGAGAAAGUGACUGAAUAGUGAGAUUCUGGACUGCAAAUCCCCUCCCCUGGAUAGUAACUUGACUUUAUUGUGUGCAGAGAAUAUUGGCUCUGUAAAAAAUGAAAAUAACUGAUUGCACAUUUACUAUAGACCUUUAUCCCCAAUUUAUUCAAAAUAAUCAGGAAGCGGCAUAGUUUUUGUGGUAUAAAACCCUCUACACAAACCAACGGCACCCAUUUAUUUGCUGCUUUUCUCUUUAUAGAAGAGUCUGAACCCUGCAGCUCUUUAUUUCAACCAUCAGACAGUUCAGGACUGAAGAGAAUUUGUGCACGAUAUUUAUACACUGAAAUGUAUUGUUUUAGUUGUUUUAUUAAUAAGAAAUGGGGCUUCAUGCUUUGUGACUGUGAAAGAGAUCAGAGGAGACAGACUGUGUUUGGGAUUUACAUGCAUAAAGAUGUACUGUGAUGUUUAUAGUGCCUAAGACGACACAUAAAUGAUAAUUAGUGUGAUGCUUUGUGUGAACCUUGCAAAGGUUUUCCUGAACCCUUCUUCGCUUCCUCUACCAAAUUCUCCUGUAAAAAGUUUCCACAUUUAUUCCUAAUAUAUUUUAAAAACUUGAAGGGAAGUUGAAAGAGUUGUGAAAUCCAAAGGCUCUGCAUCCCACCUGAAAAAGGAAACACUAAAAUUACUUCCUCUUAAAUAAAACAGUUAGGUUCUUUAUAUGAAACGUUCAGACACUUUGCUUUAUGAAGCAUCUCCCCUAAGAUUAUUUUUGCAGAGGUCACACUGGAGCAUAAAUGUAUCUCUGAACAGAGAGAAGUCUUAUUUUGCAGUCUGUAGCAUGCUGAGGGAAUGAAGCACUUAAGAAAUGAUGAUAUUACUGUAUGCAGCCAUAAUUUUAUCAUUCAAAUAUUAAUAUUCCUAGUAAUCUUUUUUCUUCCAGAGUAAAGUUAGCAGAAGAGAGAAGCUUUAGUUCUAAACAUAAGACUGAAUAUCUACUGUAUUGAUUAAGUAGUCCUUUGACUUUCUUCCUUGUGCCUGCAUCAUGUUUGUGUGUUACAACAGAAUAAGAGGAACAUUAAUGAUUGAAUAUUGUCAUGAUUUUAUUACACAAAGAUGUGGGUCAGGGAAGGGACACGUUGCACAGCUCUUUUGGCUUAAAAGUGAGAGGCUUAUUGUGCAGUUUUUAGUUUAAAUUUUUCAUUUACCAAGAGCAUCAUAUAUAAAUACUGCUUAUUUUAUUUUUGAAGGAUGUUGCAAUCUGUUUUGUAUUGUUCAAACUGAAAGUGUGAGCGUUGCUGUCUUAUUAUUUGAAUGUCUUUGUAGUGUUGCCUAAAAUUAAGGGGAUAUAUUAAAACACUUUU